AUGCUCCUAUACGACAUUUUGCAGCUCCAGAUCUCAGCUCCUGAGGCAGAAAUCGACCAGGCGUACCGCACGCUCGCCCGGUGCACAUUCCAGGACUUUUAUCUGCUUGAAAACACCGACUUUUGUGCCGUCUCAGACGCCUACUACAUUCUCAAACAGCACCGAAACGAGUAUCUGUCCACCUCAGAUCGAGAUUCGCGAGACUUCUUCAGCUAUGUCCAGCCCUCAUUGCCUCAUCCUGUUCGCCAGUAUCUUCGCAAUUACGGAGUCUGUGGAUCGGCCAUGAACGAACACUCCAUCGUCCAUCUCACUUGCACCUCCGAAUGGGAACGAAGCUCAUUCCCCGGACUAGCCGUGUCUCAACGCGCUAAAAGACUCAUGGAACGGCCCCAAUGGCACUCUCCGUUAGAUUCGCACUUGAUUGCCAAUGAGGCCACUUUUCUCACGGCUCUGGAGAGCGACACUACUAGAGCUCUUUCUGGACUACGCGAAUCCCCAUCCAAGCAGAAACGCUACCUUCGUCAAGUUCUUGCGGUUCUGGACGAGAUCUGGAAAAAGUUGAGAGGCUUGGAGAAUAAGAAGGAAGACUUUGAUGUCUAUGUGAACCUCAGAUGUGUGUACUUUGCCGUCUUUCUCUAUGCCCGGACUCUUUCCUCAGAACUAGAGAAAUCCGCUGGUUUACCAGAUGUCUAUGCAGACCUCAGCAACUACUCGCUCAACUCGUGGUGUUGCCCAUCACUAGAUCCCAUCUCCUCAGAGGUGCAUGCUACUCUGUUGGAUCUAGGGCUGGACCCUGCCACCAUUGAGCCCAAGAACAUGGCCAAUGUCAAAAUCGAGCUAAUGCACAACCGGUCUCUGUUGACAAAGGGCCGCAUGCUCAAUGACAGGGAUAUCUUGCAGCAGCGCCACGAGCAGCAGCGGACGCCUCUCAAGCUGCGGCUCAUGGACGGAGCCACCUCAGAUCCCAUCUUCGGAGUGCCUGUGGUUCUUCUGGAGUUCUUGGGUAAAGACGUGGCUGGCAUCAAGAAGGACUUACGAGAUAGAAGAAGGUCUAGUGGAGGAUGUGUUGAACACGGAGAUUUAAAGACAACUCCGAAGACCAAGACUGAGACAGAACCUAUUGCUAUUCCAGGAAAGACCAAGAAAGACGCCAAGGGUUCACCCGAAUCACAUCCACGCAAACAAUUUUCCAAGGUCUCGCCAAAGACAUUGAUUCCGAAGAUGAAGGCCGAUUGUGAUAAGAAGACAAAGAAGGAUGGCAAACAGGAGAGACAGACAGACAAAAAGAAGAUGCCAAGAUCGGUGAGCAGCCCGAAGAUACCCACCAAUGUCACUGAGAGCCCAGUUGAUUCGUGGUCAGAUACAAAGAGCGAUGAUGGAGCGUCUACCUUGGUGGAGCCUGUUCCUCUUCUUCGACAGCGAGCUUCAGAGUAUGGCUUCUUCAAUAAUGACAUGGACUAUCUGGUUUCUUCGCAGUAA